CGCUCGCUGAUUGCGGCAGUGGCAAGCCUCUCUCUGCUAAAUAAUAACUUUUUUUAAAUUCCCGCAUGCCGUUUUGUUUUCUUUUAUACAUUUCAAGUGCAGUCAAAUCAUAGUCUUAACCGACAUGGUCUGUCGUCGAUCCAGUAGGUUAUUAACCUAGCUAAAGGGGUGGAUGGUUAUUCAGAGAUUAUACGCUCCUCAUCAUCAAACGGUGGGUACUCCGCUCCGGCGUCAUGCACAGCAACACAGCCAGGGAUGCAGCGCUAUAUCAAUGCAUAUAGAAUUAGGCCUACUUGUUAAACCCCCCGGACCAAACCCACCCUCCCCCCAAUGAGAAUAUCGUCGUGAUGGCUGAUGAAGAUGAACGACAACAACCUGGUCAACUGAAGCCCAACUCGGGAUUGGGCUCUCUUCCAACGCUAGUACCAGGACUCCAGGGCCCUGAGGCCAAUGCGUUGCAGUACAAAAUUAAGAAUUCAAUUUGCAAAUCUGUCCAGUCAAAAGUGGACAACAUAUUGCAAGAUGUUGAGAYGUUUACAGACAUCGAAAAACUCUACCUCUACUUGAAGUUGCCUUCUGGUCCCAGCAAUGGCAAUGAUAAAAGGACUGAGAACCAGAGAGCCUCCACUCCUGGACUAUGUGACCAGAGUGGCAUGUCGUCCAGUCGAACACAGCAGAUGUACGCUUUCAACUGGAUCCGGAAUCACCUAGAGGAGCACCCUGAGACAUCACUGCCAAAGCAAGAGGUGUACGACGAGUACAAUUACCCAGCCUAAAACKCCAGAGAUGGCAAGCAAUGCAGGGGCAACAGUGGUUAGGAAUAACUCAACAUGUACAGAUUGUAUUGUAUUAAUACAAGUCAUGUCUAUCAUAUUGUAAUACAAGUCAUGUCUAUCAUAUUGUAUUACAAGUCAUGUCUAUCAUAUUGUAUUACAAGUCAUGUCUAUCAUAUUGUAUUAAUACAAGUCAUGUCUAUC